UCAUCUUGGACGUCAGAGACAAAGUGGUAAUAACAGAUAUAUCACAACGAUUGUUGCUUCAUAUUGGACGUCAGAGACACAGUGGUGAUAACAGAUAUAUCACAACGAUUGUUGCUUCAUCUUGGACGUCAGAGACACAGUUAGGAUAACAGAUAUAUCACAACGAUUGUUGCUUCAUAUUGGACGUCAGAGACACAGUGGUAGUAACAGAUAUAUCACACAAAGUGUUGCUUAAUCGUGGGCGUCAGAGGGACAGCGCUAAUAACAGAUAUAUCCCACAAAUUGUGGCUUCAUCUUGGACGUCAGAGACAAAGUGGUAAUAACAGAUAUAUCACAACGUUUGUCGCUUCAUCUUGGAUGUCAGAGACACAGUGGUAAUAACAGAUAUAUCACAGAUAUUAUUGCUUCAUCUUGGACGUCAGAGACACCGUACACAACAGACAGAUAUCACACACAUGAGACACACCACUAAGGACGAUGGCGGUGUUACUUCUCCCCCUUUUCAUGACGGCUGUAUUUGCUGGCAAUACUUGUUACUGGCAUAUUUUUCAACGGUUUAUCACACAGGACGACCUGGCAGCCAAUGAGGUCGCAUCCGACGUAUUCUCAACUCAACAUCUGACAUCCUGUGCUAAACGUUGUGCCGAGGAUGAGAAGUGUGUUGCUUUGACUUAUCAUGGGGACCAGUGUUCCAUCUACAGAUCAUCUUUGUCGUCAUCUGGCAUCCCAGGAUCCAGAUCCUACAUCAAGCAAGGAGCUCUCCCGAAUGCAGACCCGUGCCCCGUGUCUCAAGGCUACACAUCGGUCCUCUACCCACGCUUCUGUUUCAAGCUGUACAACACCAACCCUUGGAAGAACUGGGCAGACAGCCAGGCCCGAUGUCAGAGGGAAAACGGACGUCUGAUCAUCUUGAACACGACAGAGAAACACGACUACAUCACUGCGUUCAUGACGAAGGCAUCUUCUACGAAUGGGGCAUUGAUUGGACUGCAGGUGACCAGUUUAACCGACUUUGCCUGGACGGACGGAUCAACCUUUCUCCGGGCAGGAUCAAACGGAUAUGGUGGCUUUAGCAGUGGAUGUGCAUUCCUGGUUGAAGAGAGAGUAAAAACCACCUCUUGCUCAACUACAGGAUGGUCCUUGUGUGAGUUAGUCUGACGCUUGAUCAAAAGGGGAGACAGAAACAUCUUUGCUUUGGAUUUAAUAAACUACACCGUCACAUUGAUUCCCUUUAUGGCCUGUAUACUCGAAUAUCCUUGGUAGUAUUUUCUAUUUUAUUAUUAUAACUUCGUGUUGAGCCUAUCCACAUUGCACGAGGGGCGCUAGGGUAGCCUGGUGGUUAAAGCGUUCGCUCGUCAAGCAGAAGACCCGAGUUCGAUUCCCCCCAUGGUUAUAAUGUGUUAAACCCAUUUCUAGUGUCCCCAACAGUGAUGUUGCCGGAUUAUUGCUAAAAGCGUGGUACAACCAUACUCACUCACUCCCAUGAGUUGACAUUUUGUCUGUGAAAUAUUGAUAAGAGAAACUCACUAAUUAUUUAGCUACAUUAAUAACAAUGUUAUUAGCAUCCAAGUUAACUAACACCACCAGUCUGGAUACAUACUCACAGCCUAUGCAGUAUAUCUUUGAAACAAAAGUCUGUACGCCCUUAGCUACGUUAAUAACGGUUAUAAACACUCCCUGUUUGAGUGGAUAGUGCCCACGUCAGUACAACUUUGAAACAAACAAACUAUACCUCGAUUUUCCCUAACGACAUCAGUUUUACGUCAGUUUUUCUAACAUCACUUUUUAGCAAACACGUCCAACAUAAAGUACAAAUUUCUAUUCCUCAAGCUACCUUAAUAACACAGUCAGUAGCACUUUCCGUUAAAUGAGCUGCCUAGAGAUCAUGUAUAAAAACUGCUAAAUUUCGAUCGUAACUGCAUAAAAUAUUGUGUUUACAUAUUGCUGUGGUGAUGCCUACGUACCAUCGAGUGACCUUCACUUUCAUCGUCAUCCGGCCACAUAAUCACAGUUGUUGAGUGGGCUACUUUGAGUUCAUUAAUUCCCUAGCAAAACUGUGGGCGUGACAGACAAGUUCAAUAAAUUCCAUUUAUCAAAUAUCAAGUUACAGUGUACACAAACUGUUAUGUCAAGUUAUAUUUUUACGAGCUUAUAGUGACAUUGAUCGCAUCCUAUCAUACGUCAGAAUAAUUCCCUAGGCGUGUAUAGGAGGUAUAAGAGGUAUGAAGUGUCCGGCAUCAGUCAUACGCACGAGGUUGCGAAAACCAAUUGCGGAGGCGAAGCUCAAAUUCGAGCAAACGUUAAGGAGCCGGUCUGGCAAAUCGUCACGUUAAUAUUUAGAUAUAUCUUUACGAAAACAUGUAAUAUUUAACUGAUGCACUUUAGGUUAUAUAUAACCUGUGAUAUCGAGCACUGUCCAUUGAGCCAUUGUCCCACAGAACUAUAUUAUCCACGUCUUUGAAAGGCAUUUAGAAGUGAUACACAUGAGGAGGAGAAUGUAUUGAUGUUAAGUUUUUAAUGAGGAACACAACGUUUCGGAGUAUAUACUUACUCCUUCACCAUUCACGUGUUCCUCAUAAUAAAGAAACUGACCAUCCAUACUAAAUUCGCCUCCUCAUGUUACCCGACCCGUGAAGGUCCGGGGUAGAAUAGGUCUUCAGCAAGAAUUAAACUGACCGCCUCCGUGGUCUAGUGGUGAUACGAGUAACAUAGACUUAACCCUUUAGUAGAGAUGUGAUUUAUUGGCCCACCACGUCUUCUUCACAGAACCGCCUCCGUUGUCUAGUGGUAGAGCGUCCGCCCGGAGAGCGGAAGGUCCGGAGUUCGAUACCCGGCCGCGU